AUGGCGGCCAGUUGGGCAGAAGAGGUUCAGGACUAUCAGCAUGACAGAAGGGUGAAGGUGCACCCGGACCUGUUCAAAGGUCGCACGGUGGGCUAUGUGCGUGGAGAGAACAGCAAGAGGGAGCGCAGCUACAAUCCGUUGCUGGGCCGAUUCUUGGACCAACACCGAGAACGAGAGCAGCAGGACUUCGAGGAGAAGGUGAAGAAGAAUUACCUGAACAUGGCCAGAGACAUUCAGCUACGAAAAGAGGCUCCCUACGACCUCAUCACACAUGAAAGGAAGUUUGAGGCUUUGGUCCCUGAAGCGCUGGACCCAGCGAAGCCCAAGGAAUUGAAAUGUCCCGUUCCGGACACCGCGGUGGAUUACAACAUCAUCUCCAACCUGCGCUUCGACGCGCACCACUGGGCCCAUCCACAGAAACGGCCCAUCCCUAAAGAUCGGGUGCCCAAAGCGCGGAUGGUCCCAGCCUUGCUCCAUAAGGAUUUUAACAUUUUGACCAACCGCUACCUCGAACACCACGAGGAGAAGGUCGAGCGGGAUCGCGAGCUGAACCUUUUGGAAGCCGCGGAAAAGAUGCGCCAGCAACCCUUCAAUCCGCUGUCGCAAAAGUUCUGUGAUGCGCGGCUCGAAGAACGAAUGAGAGCUUGUCAAGAUGCCCUCACCACUGAAGUGAAGCUUCGAAACGAGGAGGCGCAGCCCUUGUCCUACCGUGGCAACAUCACCAAUUGCUAUGACAUGCUGAGUCACCAGGUGAAGGAUCCAGAACUCAUGGAUUACAUCAAGCAGUCUGAAGGGGGACGCAAGGUGCGCUACAAGACCCGCGUCAGAUUCGAGGAGGAUGUGCGCCAUGCUGACGUGAAGCAGGAGGAUCGUGUGAAGCGAAUGAAGCCUUUGCAGAUCGCCCACGAACGCUUCACCACUGAGAUGGAACGCGGCUAUGAUAUCCUCACGAAUCAGGACUUUGGGCAUCGCAAGGAGAAACACGAAAAGUUUCUCCACACGCCACGAACAAAGCCGUUGCUAACGCCCUGGCAGAAGGUCUUAGAGCAGACCGGCGAAGCUGUGGCCGGUCCGUGCGUGCGCAUUCCGAAGCCCACCGGUGUUUCGGGGGCUCGCGACGACCUGAAUUUGCUGCAAAACACCGGGGGUUGCGGAGUGCUGCGGAGUUCACGGUGUAGCCAUGCGAGGAGCGAAGCCCAUGGAGCGAUGACGCGGGCGCUUGAGGCGAUUCGCUCCCUUCGCGGAGCCAAGGCGUCCUGCAAGCAGCGAAGCGCGGAGUUCGCGGAGUUCGGGAUGCCAAGUUGA